AUGGCGCCAUUCAACCUCCUGGUCAGGAGAGCUCUGACACAAAGCCAAAAACUGACGUACUUGAUAGCCUGACACAGGCUUUUAUUUCUUCUGAGAAGAAAUCUCCAGCUAUUGCUUCAAAAAUUGCUGAUCUGAUAGACAGCGUUUUGUCCGGAAACGGCGAAAGAACGCGGAGAGAAAUAUCUUCCUCCGGAAAACUGUAACCGUGUGUGUACAGUGACAGUAAAUGAGGAAAUUUGGGAUCUACUUCCCAGGCGAGAUAGAAUUGUUGAUCUCGCACUUCAACGAGUACAAGAUACCCUGAUUCAGGGGCUUUCCUCGCUUGCACUUUUAGCUGAUAAGUUAUCUAAAGGUGUUCAGAGCAAGUCACCUCUGAACACAACAGAAAUCUUGCAUCAUGUCAUGGACAGCCUUGUGCUUAUUACCCAAGCAAACUGGAGCUUGAAUAUGAAGAGACGCGAGUUGAUUAAACCUACUAUAGAAGCUCCAUUUACAAGGGUGUGUGAACCGGACAUAGCUACAACCACCAAGCUUUUUGGUGAUGAUUUACCUAAGCAAUUGAAAGACAUGACAGAAGUGAACCGAGCAGGGAAACAAUUGCAGAAGAAAGCCCCAGAGCAAAAACACCAUUACCAGAAACCAUAUGACCGCCCACGCUUCAACCCAAACAAAAGGUUCAAUAAUUAUAACAACAAGAAACCUUUUUUAGGGUACAGACGUGCGGCAUUUCAAUCGGGAAUGUCGCACAAGAAAAACAACCAAAAUAACAACUAACACAGGUGAGCUUACAUAAAGAUUUCUUCGCCAGUGGUUCGAAUGGAAAUAGCCAGACACUGGCUUUUGUUGCGGGUCAAGUAAAAAAUUAUUUACCUCACUGGGAAUAUAUUACACAAGACCCUGUGAUCUUAAGUGCAAUUCAGCACUAUAGCAUUGAGUUUGAGGAGAAGCCUCCAUUACAAACUCUGCUUCCUAAAUAUAAUUUUUUUUUUCCUUAUCAGAUAGAGAGGUUGUUAACAAUGAAAUUGUCAAACUUCUCCAUAAAGGAGUUAUAGAGGAAGCUGAUAAUACCCAAGAUAGCUAUCUCUCUAAUGUGUCUGUGCGCCCCAAAAAGGAUGGCACACACAGAAUGAUCUUAGAUCUUAAAUCCUUAAAUGAAUUUGUAGCAUACCACCAUUUUAAAAUGGAUACUUUUCAAACAGCUAUAAAACUCAUUCGGCCAGGAUGCUUUAUGGCCUCUGUCGACUUAAGAGAUGCUUACUAUUCUAUCCCUGUUGCCACUGAGGAUAGAAAAUAUUUAAUGUUUGAGUGGCAAGGUUCAUAUUUUCAGUUUACUUGCCUACCCAAUGGGCUCUCAUGUGCCCUAAGACUUUUUACUAAAGUCCUCAAACCAGUUUAUACCCAUCUUAGAAUGUUAGGUCAUACAUGUAUGGGACAUAUUGAUGACUCAUUACUUGUUGCCCGGUAUUAUAAUGAUUGUGCAAGCAAUAUUAAUGACACAAUAGACUUAUUUAACAAACUUGGGUUUGUUGUGCACCCAGAAAAAUCUGUUUUGAAACCUACUCAAGAAAUAGAGUUCCUUGGGUUUAUAAUUAUCUUACCACGUCAGUAAGACUAUCAGCAUCAAAAUCAACCAAAGUUCAGACUGCUUGCCAGAACCUGUUAGACAGCAAGCACAUCACCAUAUGGGAUAUGGCCCAUGUUAUAGGCCUGCUAGUGUCUAGCCUCCAUGCAGUACAAUUCGGGUAACUUUAUUACAGGAUAACGCCCUUAGACAGAACAAAGAUGACUUUAAUGCUACAAUGACCUUGUCUAGUGGCUCAAAGUCAGAGUUAUUGUGGUGGAUAAAGAAACUCUUCACCAUUCACAUAGGUCUCUUGUUAUUAGUAAACCUGACCUUGUCCUAACAACAGAUGCCUCACUCUUAGGGUGGGAAGUGGUGUUCGAUAAGCAGGAAACUGGUGGACAAUGGAGCUCAGUAGAAAACAAAUUUCAUAUUAACUACUUAGAAAUGAAGGCAAUCUUACUAGGGUUACAAUCCCUAUGUAAUAAUGCUCAUGAUACCCAUAUCUGUGUCCAGUCAGAUAAUACAAGAUAUUAUGUUGCAUGGCGACCUGAUCCUGGGGCUAAAUUUACAGAUGCAUUUUGUGUUAAUAGGGAACCUUAUUUUUUCUACGGUUUUCCACCUUUUAGCUUGAUCUCCCAAUGCCUGAAGAAAGUUCUAAUAGUGCCCUAUACUCCCGUUGGAGUUCUAAUAGUGCCCUAUUGGACAAUACAGGCAUGGUUCACAAUUCUGAUUAAUCUUUUGAUAGAAAAUCCAGUGGUUCUUCCACAGUCAGACAAUCUGUUACUAUUACCUCAAACAGGGGCACAACACCCUCUUCGGAGAAAAAUUAGACUUAUGGCAUGCAAGCUAUCAGGACAAGUCUCUUGCAGAGACAUGUUUCUGGCAAGGCAGCCAAAAUCAUCAUCGAUUCCUGGGCAGCUACCUCCCUUAAACAAUACCAACCUUACCUCCAGACCUGGCUCAAACUGUAUCGUGAAUGGGAGAUUAAUCCCUAUGAUCCACCUUUAACGAAAGUGCUUGAUUUCCUUACAUCCUUGUUGGAAAGAGGCCUAAAAUGUGAUGCAAUUAACACAGCAAAGUCAGCGGUAUCAGCUAUCACACAACCUAAGAAUAGUCUUACUCUUGGAAACCAACCUUUUAUCUCGCGGUUUAUGAAAGGGGUAUUCAGGACCAGACCUCCUGUUCCUCGAUACGAGUCCACUUGGGAUGUUCAAGUGGUGUUAUCUCAUCUGUCUUCCUUGGCUUUACCGAAUGAACUGGAUCUUAAAUCUCUUACUCAUAAACUUGUCAUGUUGGUGGCAAUUGUAUCAGCACAGAGAACUCAAAGUAUACAUUUACUUGACUUGCAUUUUAUGAAAGAGAGUACUGAUCAGAUUGAGUUUGUUUUCCAACACACGUUAAACAAAGCCGACCUGAUUAUAAAGUUCCAUCGGUUAUCCUCAAGGCCUACCCGUCAGAUCCAAGAUUAUGCAUUGUCACACACUUGAAUGCAUAUAAGGAGAAAACAAAGUCGCUGCGAGGGGUUGAUAGCAAAUUGUUUUUUAGCUAUGUCAAGCCUCACAAGGCAGUCUCGAAAGAUACCAUAUCUCGAUGGAUUCGCACAGUUAUGAUGAACGCUGGACUUGAUGUCACAAUAUUCAAGCCACACAGCACUAGGUCUGCAGCAACAUCCAAAGCAACACAAGCAUGUGUUCCUAUACAGGAUAUAUUGAAGCAGGCUGGUUGGUCCAAUCAUCGUAAGUUUGAUAGGUUUUAUAACAAACCAGUUAGAAAGGAAUCUUCCUUUGCAGAGUCUGUCCUCAAGGUUGACUGA